UAAUAGUUUUGCCCGCCAUUUUCCAACACUACCACCUGCCAUAAAUCAGCUGUCGCUCGAAAUUCAACGGCUCACAACAUUUUGCGGGACCUUAGAUUUUAAAUCGUUGGAGGAGCAGGACUUCGGUAAUUUUAUAUAUCAAGAUUCAGCCCUCAACGAAUGGAAUGAUGCGGCUGCGGCGGCGUUUUCUCGCUUUCGUGGGCGGCGUGGUCGUCAUUUGGUUUGUGUUCCUCCUUAUGGGCUCCGACAUAAUUAUGGACUACGAUAGACCUGCCUCCAAGGAAGAGCCUGUCGAGUUGCUCUGGUGGUCCCGGCACAUGUCCUGGAACUACGAUGUGGAACGGCAGUGCGGCAUAUAUACUUGUCGCGUUACCAACAAGCGGAACCGCCUCAAAUCGUCCAGGGGAGUGCUUUUCUACGGCUCGGCUUUGGAUGUUGGAGAUUUCCCACUGCCGCGUCGCCCACAGCACGCAUGGGCUCUGCUGCACGAGGAGUCGCCCAGGAAUGUGCCUUUCGUGCCCCACAACGAGUUCCUUAACCACUUUCAGGUCACCUCCACCUUCAGCCGCUUUAGCAAUUUUCCCCUGACCACCCAAUACCUUCCAAGCGGCGGGGCGCUCACCUCGACGGAUUAUUAUGUUUCGUUUGCCGGGAAAUCGGCGUCGGCCCACCGCCCAUCAACUUCGGUGGUGUUCCUGCAGAGUGAUUGCGACACAAUGACCGGACGGGAAGAUUACGUAAAGGAGCUGAUGAAAUAUGUGGAAGUGGAUUCCUACGGAGCUUGCCUUCAAAACAAAAAACUUCCAAAAAGCCUCCAAAAAGACUACCUUAACAAUCUUUACUCGCCGGAGCUGUUAAAAUUUUUAUCCAGCUAUAAGUUUAUGAUUGCCAUUGAGAACGCCGCUUGUGCAGAUUAUAUAACCGAAAAGUUUUGGCGUCCGUUGGUCAUGGGCGUUGUGCCUAUUUACUUUGGAUCGCCUACGAUAAAAUAUUGGGAACCUAAUAACAAAUCAGCCAUUUACGUGUCCGAUUUUCCACAUCCACGGGCAUUGGCCAAAUAUCUGCACGAAGUGGCCGAAAAUCAGACUGAGUACGAUUCGUACCGAUCCCACAAGAUAACCUGGAAUCGCCCCAUUAAAAACAAAAAGUUGAAUUACAGUCUGUUAACUCGUCAAUACCAUAUAGGAGAUACCUCCCCUGGAGGAAGUCUCUUCGAAAGAUUUGAGUGCUCAGUGUGCAGAUAUGUGCUCACAAGCACCAGGAAGACUAGAGCCAACACUACACACUACGAUUGCCCCAUAGAACCGGAAUACGCCCAUCUAGAAUCACAGCAGGAGCCUCAGAAUGUUGCCGACUGGAGAUCCAUGAUGCAAGUGGGAAAGUGCCAAGCCAAAAUUCUAGACACAUACUUUCGCCGCAAUCGCAGCUAUACCAAAGCGGAAUUUGAUGUCGAAAUCAACCGUAGAAUGGAUGAAAGUGAUUGCGUGCUUUAAAUUUGUAUUGGAUUUAUUUUAACUUUUAAACUGAGAUAAUUAUUAAACUUUUCUUAAGGCCAUAAAAAA